GGCGGCCGCCGGAGGAGGAGUGGGAGCUGAGGGAGGAUGGGCCGCCGCUAGGCUCGCAUUCGGGACGCGCCUCGCAGUGCGCAGGGUGGGUGCCCGAGCCUGCAGCGUCCGCGCGGGCGGCGCGGUGGAAAGUGGCCGAUCGGCUCCAGGCCUCACAGCCACAGCCCUCGGCCCAGCGGGCCCACGGCGGCGCCUGACCGAGCCGCCCGUGAGCCCCAGGUCUCUCGCGGGAGGGAGAACGGAAAACUCCCAACUUCCUGAAUUCUAAAGUUCCUGCUGCUUCGGACAAUGGAUGAGCAAUCACAAGGACUGCAAGGGCCACCUGUUCCUCAGUUCCAACCACAGAAGGCCUUACGACCGGAUAUGGGCUAUAAUACAUUAGCCAACUUUCGAAUAGAGAAGAAAAUUGGUCGUGGACAAUUUAGUGAAGUUUAUAGAGCAGCCUGUCUCUUGGAUGGAGUACCAGUAGCUUUAAAAAAAGUACAGAUAUUUGAUUUAAUGGAUGCCAAAGCACGUUCUGAUUGCAUCAAAGAAAUAGAUCUCCUUAAGCAACUCAAUCAUCCAAAUGUAAUUAAAUAUUAUGCAUCAUUCAUUGAAGAUAAUGAACUAAACAUAGUUUUGGAACUAGCAGAUGCUGGUGAUCUAUCCAGAAUGAUAAAGCAUUUUAAGAAACAAAAGAGGUUAAUUCCUGAAAGGACAGUUUGGAAGUACUUUGUUCAGCUCUGCAGUGCAUUGGAACAUAUGCAUUCUCGACGAGUCAUGCAUAGAGAUAUAAAACCAGCUAAUGUGUUCAUUACAGCCACUGGGGUGGUAAAACUUGGAGAUCUUGGGCUUGGCCGGUUUUUCAGCUCUAAAACCACAGCUGCACAUUCUUUAGUGGGUACACCUUAUUACAUGUCUCCAGAGAGAAUACAUGAAAAUGGAUACAACUUCAAAUCUGACAUCUGGUCUCUUGGCUGUCUACUAUAUGAGAUGGCCGCAUUACAGAGUCCUUUCUAUGGUGACAAAAUGAAUUUAUACUCCCUGUGUAAGAAGAUAGAACAGUGUGACUAUCCACCUCUUCCUUCAGAUCACUAUUCAGAGGAAAACUUCCUUCUUGUCCAUGCUUUCCAAAAAUUGAAAUGUAUAUCUCUCAGCUACAUGUCUUUCAACCUUAUUCUUUUAGGGUUACCCUCCCUUCUUUGAUUAAAUCUGCCUUAUUACCACCUCACGGCUAUAGUCAAAUUGCUUUGGAGAAUUGUUUUGAGGUUUAUUGUAAACAUGAUUAAAAGCGUAUUGGAUGGGAUUGAAAACUUUGGAAGACUUUCCCUUAUUAAGUUCUGAUUCUGAAUCCUUGUCUGCUUUGGUAACCCAUUUAAAUGAGUUGUUUGGGCUUUGCCUGACAUCGAGUUUUUCGUUGAACAAAACAUCUCCUGUUUCAGCAUAAUACAUCAUGGUUUUGUCAAUAUUUAAGGAGAAGAUAUGUGGGAUAACAGUGUCUUGGGUCAAUUGCCAUGUGUUCACACACCUCUUUUUGGAAUGCUCAUCAGGGAUCUACCCCAAGAAAACACUGUCUUGAGUGAGGACAUCUCAUCUUCUCAUGAGCAACAGAUUUUUUGCCCAAGGAAAAUGGAAAGGAGCAAAUGACAAAUAUAAAACAAGUAUAAUGUUCACUUAUUAGGUAGUCUUGUCAGUCUUUCUAUUGUGAAAUGAAUAGCAAUCAAUUUUAGUUUUAUGUAAGGAAAAUUGAGUCAGUGUAACUUGAAUAAUAAAUAUCUCUAAAGAAUUUUUAUCAUAUAGAAAGCAUUUGUGGUCUUAGAAUGUAUUAAGUACCUUUUCUUCUAGAUAGUGUGAUAAUGAUAAUCAAUGAUGUCUGGUUUUUUUGUUUAAUAGCAUUUUAUUUAGGUAAUUAGAAUAAACUCUUACAAGGCAGUGUAGAUAAUUUAGAAGUAUUAUCAUUAUUUGAUGUUAAUGCUAUUAUAUUAGCCAUUUUUAAUUACUAUUUUGGGUACAGAAUAUAAAUAUGGCAUUUCACAAAACCAACUUCAGAACUACAGGCCUGGAAAUACAGUAGAGUGUGAACAAUAAUGCAAAAUGAUAGCAAGAAUGUCAGGGGCCGUUCUUUGUUGUGUCAUUCAUGCUGUCUUCUUUUUUCCAGGAAGCACAUGAAUAUUUCACAUAUCUGCAUCCUCAUCCCCUAUUCUUCUUGACUAAUUUUCAGACUGUCUGAAUUUGCAUUUCACAUGGUAGCUGAUUAGGAGAUGCCGAGUGCAGCAGUGAAGCCUCAGCAGGCGGUUACCAUGGUGACCUUCAGCAGGAUUUUAAUGAUGAUACCACUAGUGGUUCGUUGAAGUCGGCCUGCCUGCAGGGCUACUUCACUGCAGCUAAGUGUGAAGUUGGAUAUGCGGAUUCUCAGCCAAGGGGCAAAUAUCAAAGUCUGGCCCAGAUAGAAGGUCUUAGAGUUGGGAAAGGAAAAUAGAUUCCACUUUUUACUUCACUCUCUAUGGUUCCCAGUUUGGAAAAGAGAUGUAAAGCAAAACAUGUUAUAUUUUAUACUUUCCAAAAAAGACAGUACAGUUCCUCAGAUUGGUCAAAAAUUUCCUCAUAUUGGUAAAAUAAACAGGUUAAUCUGUUGUUAUGCCCUGAUAAAAUAGAAAGCUAUAAUAUCUAGGUAAUCAUCGACAAUAAUUUUUAGUAAAGAAAUGAAAUAUAAAUAAUAGAUUAUACAUAAUGUUUAUCUGUUCAGUUAUGUAAAAGAAUUCUCAGAACAAGAGCUUUGAAAUGCAGGUAUGCUAAUAAAUAUUUUUAUUCCUUAAGGAGGAACUAAAUUUGUUUGUAAAAUAAUUAUUCAGAACUUUUGGUAGCAAAAAUCCAAAUAGAUUUGGUGCUGCUAUACUUUAGUGAUAUCUUAAAUAUUUCUUUAUGUAGUAGGCUCUUUAGAUCUUUUAAAAAUCCAAAUUACCAUUUAAUUUAUUAGCAUGGCAAAAUAUAGGAAUCAAUGGUGAAGUACAGAUAAAGUUUUUAAAUAGUGAACUUUUACUUAAAAGUCUAGUUCAUUAAGUGCCAAUUUUAUAGCCAAACCUGUAACAAACUCUGUUGCUGGUUGGAAAAUAAAAAAUUUAAGGAAAUUCAUUUCCUACCAGAUGUGCACUUGGGAACUUACAAAAUUGAUUUAACUACUGCUAAAUCUUUAGGGUUACUGCCCAAAGAGGAUUUGAAGGGAACAUUUCCUGAGAAUACUAGUUUGCCUGCCAACCAGCCUUAAUUGAUAGAAAUCUUAAGAAACCUACAAGAUUUAUUUCUAGACAUAGUCAUUCCAUUUAGAAGAACUCAGAGUUUAAUAAAAGUUUGGGAUUUUUUAGUUUUUUUGUGUGUGUUAUAUUGUAAAACAUAGAUGUAGUUAAGCAUUAAAAAACAAAAAUGAGAAGUAAUAUUUUUUAGAAAAAUAGGGCUGUAUGUCACAUCUUUCCUUUUGAAUUAUCAUGUUAUAUUUAUGUACAAAUGAUUAGUGUUCUAGAUUGUAAUACCAUGGCUACAUAUGAAUGAUAUUAGGAAAUGUGUGUUUUGUUGCUUACUAAAAUAUUUUUAUGAUAGUUUUUCUUACCUGGUGUUCAAUAUUCUUUCCUUUUCCUCUAAUGAUCUAAUCCAUGGGUCAGUGGGAAAUUAUGGUACUUAACAAAAAUCUUGAGGUAAAGGUAUAGGUAUUUUCUCUUAGAUCUCUCUUAAGUUUAAAUUAGAUUUUGGUAUUGUUAGUGAUUCUGAAAUUAACAUCAGUGAAGCAAACAUUUAUUGACCAUUUACUAUGUGUGAGGAGUUACCGUUCAAGAGGUCUCUCAUAAUCUGACCAGGGCUUACCUUUCACAAUUUAUUGAUUACAAACCACUCUCUUCUUUCGCUAACUCUAACAAUGCAUAUUCUACUAGAAGUUCCCUGAAUUUUCAUGUUUUGUAGAUAUAAGUUCCUCUUUCUGAAAUCUCUCUUCCACUAUUCUUUACCAGGCGAAUUCAUUUUCUUUCUUUAAAACAUAGCUUUGACAUCAUCUCCUGCAUAAAGUUUUCUCUGAUCCCCUUUCUUCUCUCCCCGUACCCUCCUUCCUUGGCAAAUCACACGUGUGGCUCCCCCUCCAGACUGUCAACCUCCUGCUUCUGAAGUGCGAUAACUCUGCUUUUUAUCUGCAUAUAUCCAGGGCCUGACACAUUAAAAGGGGGGUAGUAAUUGUUUGAUUGAUUGAGGGAGUGACGGAGUAAGAUUGAAGGAAUAAAGAAAAAAGAAUGAAUGGACUCAUAAAUGAUAAUUGAAUGAAUGAGAGAAACUCCUCUGUCGGGAUAUUUAGUAGGCAGAAAGUUUUCUUCUUUUAUUGAUAUUACCUCCUAUGUGAUUUUUUUCAUUCUUAUUUCAUAAGCAAGCAGCUUCAUCUCUAAAUUGUCUCUUAAGUUUACUGGGAAAUAAGACAAAUAGAUUUUCCCCCUCAGUUUCAGUAAAUUUUGAUUUAUAUAAGAGACAUUGGAGUGAUCAUUAAAAUUAUACAUUUUUUGCUAUUAACUAAAUUAUCUCAUGUGACUUUAAGUAAAAAAAAUAGUGAAUAAUUAUGUUGAUAAUUAUUUAGAAAAUUAUAAAAUGUGACUAUGCUAUGUUAGUUCUUUUUAACCUAUUUAUUUUUACUAAAAUUUGAGCAUUAACAACAUGCAGAAUGUACAUUCAUCUAAUACUGUUUUAUUUAUUAUUCAAAAUUCAUAGCUUAUGUAGAGAAGACAUAAGAAAGGUUGAGUAGAACCUCAAUGGUUGCUUUUAACAGAUUUCUCUUCAAUUUAGGUUUGAGCAGAUGGUUUUGGAAGAAAGUUCUGAAAAGUCAGUACAGGGUUUGCAGAUGAAAGUUAAAGAAACAGAGAUGUGUAGAGAGAAUAAAAGUGAUCUUGAUUUGAGAAAAAUAGCAUAGGGGAGGGAGGAAUUAAAUUGAAGACUUAAAAACAAUGCUGGUCAUGUAAAAGAAAUUUAAGUAUCUAUAAGAUAUUGAGAAGAUGGUCACCUUUUUUUUAAUGAAGUUGGACUAUGAUUAUAGGGUGUUGAACUGAUUGCUAUGACAGACGUUCAUCUCUUUAGUAAUAAUUUUUAAUUUAUUGUAAAUAAGAAAGACUUUUGUAGGAGACAGUGUUUGUGGUUAUCUUCCAAUUAAAUUUUUUGAAAUGUGCUUAGUUUGUCUUUUUACUCCUUUUUUUUAGGUGAAGGAACUAAAAUAUAAUUUUGGAAUUAUGAUUAUUAACCCGUGAUCAGGUUUCACAUUAUUUAAUGUCUCUCUCACUCUGUGUGAAAUUUCUGUUUGUUUUCUGGCUUUAUACCUCCAGCCCACAGACAGAAAAAUAUUUUUUAAUUAAAAAUCAAUUAAUGGGACUACUUCUCAAAUGUAAAAUUAUCCUUUGAAGUAUCAACAUAAAAGGUCACAUUCAAUAAACUAAUGGACAAUGAAUGAAAUCUUGUGAACUUUCACCUCAUAAGUGGUAAUAAAUCUUUUGUACUUUUAACUUCCCUUCCAUUUUUUUGGUCUUUUUUUCUUAGUUGGACAUUGUCUCCUUCCUUUUUUAUUGAAGUUAGAGAAAUGAGACUUGAGUGGGGGGAUUUUUUUUUCCUUCCUUUUUUGGCUUUUCCUGGAAUAGUUUAGCAGUGCAGUCUGAUGAUAUCUGCCCUGCUACUUCACUCAAAUGCAUAGGAAUUUUCAGCAUCAUUUUCAUUGAUCGUAAGACAAGAAAAGUCUUGAAUUUUCAAGAGUAUUUAAAGUCUAAUACAAAGAUGAAAAAGAGCAGUGCCUUUACUGUACUUGAUUAUGUAUAAAUAACAAAAUAAUAAAUUUUUAAUUGAGCUAAACUGAUUUCAGACAAUUAUAGCAUAUUGUAGCACAUAAAUAUAUUUACAGGGCUUUUAAUAUAAUUGUAAUAGUGCAUUUUUUUCAAAUGUUGAAAAUCACUAUUUUCUUUAAUUCCUAUUGCCACUUUCCCAUUAAAGAAAGAAGGGUAAUGGCGUUAUUCCCAUUUUACAUAUGAGCAAAUAAAGACCCAGAUAGUAUUAGAGCAAAUACAAGACUCUAGGAAGCCUCUGUCUUGCUGGCAUCCCACUCCUUUUGCCAAAGACCAUACAGCCUAUGGUAAACUCCCAGGUAUUUGUUGAAUGAGUAGUUCAUGAUUUCUACCUUUAGACUUAUCAAUUCUUCAUUUUUGUCUUAUCUUUUCUUACUCUUUCAUGCACCAUGUUUAUCUGAAAUCUCCUUCCCUUGAGGGCGCUCAAGUUAGAUGGCAGAGGCAUGAUCUAGUGUUGGCUCAAAACACUCUCCUAGCUUGUAAUAACACAAGGGCCAUGUAACCCUGAAAGGAAAGAAUGAGGAAACUGUUUGCUGAAGGGUAGGAAUUAUUUUUGUGUGUUAAACUAUGUAAAAAUGACUACCUACAUUUCAAAGAGGAUACUAAACCAGAAAUAUUGGAGUUUGUCCUAAUUUUACUUAAUACUUUAUUUUCCAAAUGAUCGCCAUUAAAGAAAGAAAAAUACAACAUGAAAAGUUUUAAAAAUAUAACUGAAUAUUUUACCUAACAUUUAUAAAUAAUUUUUGUUUAUUGUAAAAUUCAAAAUAUGUGUAAAGAGGCUUUUAAAAGUUGAACAAGAACAAAAAACAUGACCUUUGUUUUGGCUCAUAGAGUUGCUGCUAUGUAAAUAAGAGAAAAACAAGCUGAAAGUGUCAGGUAGAGAGUUUUGUGUUUUGUUUUGCUUUUGAAGUCAAGCUGUUUAUAAAACUUUUUUAUUCAUCUGUGCAGUCUAAAUAUUUCUAUUUUAUAGUUGCUAGAUUCACACAUUUUAAUAAAAUAAUGUAAAUUCCCUGGAAUUGGUACUGGAAGAUUCUUUCUAAUACAUUGUCCUAAGGAUAUUUAUAUGAAGGACAUUAUAUUAUAUGUACAAGUCAUGUUUGGAGACAGAUCUAACUAUACAAAUAUUUUUUCAGUCCCUGUAUUUAUGUAACCUAAUGCUAAGGGACAUGAGAAUAUUUUACUUUAAAAUGUGGAAAGAAAUAUAUAAUAAUAUUAAAUGUGAUAUAUAAUUGUGAAUUAUUUAUUCAAAUUAACUCAACAUUGAAUUAUCUCAAACUAUUAACAUUUUUUAUUUGCCUUCCUAAAAGUGGUUUUAUUGAAUUUGAUAUUCUCGUCAUUUAAAACAGUGAUUAAUCAUCUCACUAAAAGUUGCCAAAAAAUUAGAUCUUUAAGCUUUGAGGGUUCCAUUUUUGUUUUAAAAAUAUAUUUAAGCAGGCCCUUUGUUCACCUUUGCUUCUGAAGUGACACUGGGGACUUGCUCCUCAAAGACAUGAAUCAAAAACGGUGCCCUAUAUUUCACAUGUCCUGUGGGAUCCCUAUAAAAUCAUGUAACUUUUCUGUAAGUCUUUCACAGUUUUCAAAAGACACUGAAUACUCUUAGUUGUGAAAUAUAGAUGUUACAUUACCUCAUAUCUGUGUAAGAUUGGUUUCUUUCCCCCUUUCUUUCUACCCCCAAGUCAAUCACAAGUGACACUUUGGUGUACAAGUUGGCUACGCCUAAUCAUUUUGUAUAAAUAUCUAAAGCUCUGAAAUAUAGUGUACUUUAAUGUAUUAGACCCACUCCAGGGGUGCUAAAAUGUGUCCUUGGGUAGAUGGAAAUUGGGUAUAUCUGGGAGGCUGAUAUAAUUAGUCUCAGAGGGAUUAAGAUGGGGGUGAAAAAGAAAUGGUACCAAUAGUCCCAGUCUUUAUUAUUCUAUUGAGAAUUGUGUUAGUGACCUAAAGCUAUAAUGCACAAAGAGCCCUAUUGUUAUUACCUGAACGUGACUGAACUUGAUACAUAAUUGGGUUAUUGCCCUGACUACAAUGACUGUUAACACACUCCUGCUUUCAAUUUUU